AUGAAUACUUCUUAUAUGAUUUUCCCGCCACCGACAAUAGCACAAUUUAAAAAACUUUUCACCCAUUCAUUUCUAAACCUCCCACAUACCCAUCUCUUUCUCUCUCUCUCUCUCUUUCUUCCCCUCUCUUUCUUUCUCCUUCUUUCUCUCACUCCCUACCUUUCUCUCUCUUCCUCUUUCUUUCCCUCUCUUUCCUUCUCCUUCUUUCUCUCACUCCCUACCUUUCUCUCUCUUCCUCUUUAUCUCACUUCUGUUCCCGUUUUCUUUCUUUCUGCUUCUCGCCGUUCUUUUUUCUUUUCCUUUCUCUAUCUCUCUCUCCUUUGUCCUAAAUUCCCUCUCUCAUUCGCCUUCCCUUUCAUUCUUCCUCUCAGUCGCCUUCCCUUUCUUUAUUCUUCUCAUUCGCCUUCCCUUUCUUUCUUUCUCUCGUUCACCUUCCCUUUCUUACUUUCCCCCAUUUGUCUUCUCUUUAUUUAUUUUUCUCAUUCGCCUUACCUUUCUUUCUUCCUCUCAUUCGCCUUCCCUUUUUUAUUUAUUCUUCCGCCUUCCCUUUCUUUUCAGUCUUCUCAUUCAUUCUUUUCAAACCUUUUCUUUUUUCUUUAUUCUUUCAUUCGCCUUCCAUUUCUUUCUUCCUCUCAGUCGCCUUCCCUUUCUUUUUAUUCUUCUCAUUUUAUCCUUCCCUUUCUUUUCUUUCUCUCGUUCACCUUCCCUUUCUUACUUUCCCCCAUUUGUCUUCUCUUUAUUUAUUUUUCUCAUUCGCCUUUACCUUUCUUUCUUCCUCUCAUUCGCCUUCCCUUUCUUUCUUCCUCUCAUUCGCCUUCCUUUUCUUUCUUCCUCUCAUUUGCCUUUUUUUCUUUCUCUCAUUCGCCUUCCAUUUCUUUCUUCCUCUCAUUCGCCUUCCUUUCCUCUCAUUCGCCUUCCUUUCCUCUCAUUCGCCUUUUUUCUUUCUCUCAUUCACCUUCCCUUUCUUUAUUCUUCUCAUUCUCCUUACCUUUCUUUCUUCCUCUCAUUCGCCUUCCAUUUCGUUCUUUGUGUUCUCUCUUUUUCCUUCAUUUUCUUCUUUCCCGCUUUUCCUUCUGUUUUAUUCUCUCUCUCUCUCUCUCUCUCUUUUGUUCUCUCUUUUCUCAUUCUUUUUGUUCUCUCUCGUUUUCAUUUUUAUUUUCUCACGCUCUCUUCUUUGUGUUCUCUCUUUUCCUUCUUUUUGUUCUCUCAGUCGCUUUUCUUUCUGUUUUAUUCUUUCUCUGUCUUUCUUUCUUUUUGUUUCCUCUUUUUCCUUUUUUUCUCUCUCAUUUUCUUUCUUUUUAUUUCCUCUCUCUCUCUCUCGCUCCCUUCUUUGUGUUCUCUCUUUUUCCUUUUUGUUUUCUCUCGCCUUUCCUUCAGUUUCCUUCUCUCUCUUCUUCUUCUUUUUGUUCUCUCCUUUUCAUUCUUUUUGUUCUUUCACCUUUUCCUUCUUUUUAUUUUCUCUCUCAGUCUUUUUUGUUCUCUCUUUCCUUCUUUUUGUUCGUACUCGCCUUUCUUUCUGUUUAUUCUCUCUCCCCCUUUCCUGCCUUUUCUCUCACACCCUCCCUCUUUUUGUUGUUCUUUCCUUUUUCUCCUUUGUGUUUUCUUUCUCUCUUUCCUUCUCUGUGCUGUCUCUUUUCUUCUUUUUGUUCUCUCUCUUUCUUUCUUUUUCUUCUCUUUCAUUCCUUCUUUUUAUUUUCUCACUUUCCUUCUUUUUGCUUUCUUUCUCUCAUUUCUUCUUUUUAUCUUUCUAUCUUUCUUUCUUUCUUUUUGUUCUCUUUCCUUCCUUCUUUCAUUUCUUUUUGCUUUCUCUCUCUCUAUCUUUCUUUCUUCUUUUUGUUCUCUCUCUCUCUCUCUCUCUCUCUCUUUGCUUUUUGUUCUCUUUCAUUCCUUCUUUUUGCUCUUUCUCACUUACCUUAUUUUGGCUCUCUACCUUUCCUUAUUUGCGUUCUCUCUCUCUCUCUCGCUCUCUUUCUCUCUCUCUUCGUUCGACCUCGCUAUUUUUAA